AUGUCCCGUGACUGGAAGGACAGUGAGGCACUCCUUUUGGAUGAUGGUUACACGUGGGAGUGUCUGAAUUCAAAGAUACGCGUGACGCAGAUUCAAGUAGGGACCGACGGCUUAGCCGUAGUGGUCACCAAGAACAGCAAGGCACACGAUUGCCUGACCUCUCCAGAAGUGGGUGGCCUUACUCUCGCCAUGCUGCACUGGAUGUUUACAGACUGGACCAACGAGCAGUUGAUAAGCCACGGUCUGGACCUUGCGUCUGUGGUCCCCAAUGACGACGGGGACGGACUCAAGGAGUGGAGUGACCUGUCUCCGGCUUGCCCCGAG